CUGGUAUGCUAGCCAGCCCUUUCAUUCACAUAAAUAGAGUUCCAUUCACAUUUUGCAAUUUUUAUUUGUAUCUAAUGAAGAGAGACAUUUGGGAACAAUAGGGCUUUCUUUGUUAGAUAAGACCUGAAACAAUCUGUGAUUGGAUGAAUGGUGGUGGACACUAUACUGGUAUAGUUAUGAAUGCCGGGAUAUGUUAGCAACUGUCAUUUUUAGAUUGGCAACAGAUUUGCCAAAGCAUAUGAAUAAAACGAGAUAGAAGGGCAUGCUUCAACGUACCAAGUAUAACCGCUUCAAGAAUGAAUCUGUGACACCAGUGGACGACCUAUUGCACAACCUGUCCAUGAACAGUAAAGUCACCACUGUAGCCGGAAAUCCAGCUUCACCACCCUGCUCAGCACCACCUGACGUGCUGCAAAAGGACCAAGAAAAUGGACCCACCACUCUUUGUACGUUCAUCCACAAAGUGUCCAACUUAAAACUCUCCAGUUCAGGCAGCCUGUUGGGUAUUAAGAACCUUUCCUCUGCAGUAAAGGAGCUUACAGGUUCCAAGUUACAGGGGAGCUCUCCAGCACUAAGCAUAGCAGCAGGAGCCACGGAGAACACAUGUAACCUUGUCUCUACCCCGUGUUCUCAGCAGGACUUGAACAAGAUGAGCACAGGGAAAAAAACACCAGAAGAAAUGCAUCAGGGAGGUGAGGAUUGGAAUCAAAGUAGCAGCUUCGUCAAUAAACCUUCUCGGGGAUGGUUGCACUCGAAUGAGAAGAUCCUGGGACCUGGAGUGACGUACAUUGUGAAGUAUCUGGGUUGCAUAGAAGUUCUGCGAUCCAUGAGAUCUUUAGACUUCAACACAAGAACUCAAAUAACAAGAGAAGCCUUCAACAGAGUAUGUGAAGCGGUACCUGGUACAAAAGGAGUCUUCAAAAAACGAAAGCCAGCAAAUAAAAAUCUGUCAAGUAUCCUGGGAAAGAGCAAUCUACAGUUUGCAGGAAUGAGCAUAACUUUGAAUAUAUCAACCACCAGUCUAAACAUGAUGACACCAGACACCAAACAGAUCAUAGCAAAUCAUCAUAUGCAGUCAAUUUCCUUUGCUUCUGGUGGUGAUCCGGAUGCAACGGACUAUGUUGCUUAUGUAGCAAAAGACCCUGUUAAUCGAAGAGCUUGUCAUAUACUGGAAUGUUGCGAUGGUCUGGCUCAAGACGUCAUCAGCACUAUUGGACAAGCAUUUGAACUACGCUUCAAGCAAUACUUACAAUGUCCAUCAAAGAUUCCUGUAUUUCCUGACAGAAUGCAGAGUCUUGAUGAUCCUUUGUGGCAAGAAGAAGAUGGGAUGACAACAGAGCAUCAGUAUUAUAACAGUAUCCCAAACAAAAUGCCUCCACCUGGUGGAAUUAUUGAUGAGAGAUUAAAAACACACAUUUCAAAUCAAGGAGAUAACACACAGUCAGUACCUCUGGAACAGAGCUAUUAUCAAGGUCGUCAUCUAGUAGAAAAAUCUUGUGAAAACUUUCAGCAAACUGUUAAAAGGCAAGCUUCUCUGGAUAUUUAUAGUCUACCUGAAGGGAAGUCAUCAAUAAAUCAAACAAGCAAUGCCCCAACUUAUGUUAAUACGCAGCACAUAAAUAAAAAAACACUAGGAGCGAUUCAAAAGAGUGCCGAUUCAAUUUUGUGCAAGUCAGUGGACAGUUCCCGGGACAUCAGCCCAAGAAAAGAUAUUUUCGACAUGAAACCAUUUGAGGAUGCUCUCAAGAACCAACCUGUACUUAGUAAAGAUGCCUCUGUUGACUGUUCUAGUCCUCUGCUGUCCCGAGCAGCUAUCUUGACCAUUAACGAAGAGCUGAGGUCAGAGCCCUGGUAUGUUGGAGAAAUGUGUAGGAGAGAAGCAGAAAAGUUAUUGAAAAGGGAUGGAGAUUUCCUUGUUAGGAAAAGCAUCAAUAAUCCUGGGUCAUAUGUACUAACAGGAAUGCACAAUGGACUAGCCAAGCAUCUUCUUCUUGUUGAUCCUGAAGGCACUGUCAGAACAAAGGAUCGUGUGUUUGACAGCAUUGGCCAUCUUAUCAACCAUCACCUGGAGAACAAUUUGCCUAUUGUCUCCUCUGGAAGUGAACUGUGUCUCAAGCAACCAAUGGAGGGAAAACCUUAAUCCUUAUGCACAUUAUCACAACUUCCUAUGUGUAUGAGGGCUGCACAUUUAUUAUCAUUAAAUUGUGCAAUACAGGACUCUGCACUCCUUAUUCAAAAACGUGCCAGUCAUUUCAAAUCAUUGACACGUCUUAAAAUGUGAUUUUUAUAAAAUUGUUUGAUCCCUUAAUGUGAAUAUAAAAUGUGUAUGUAUAUAUACACUUUCUGUACAUAUAGAUAUAAAUAUAUUUAUAUUUUUGGAGACUAGGGAUGAGAUAUGGGACUAGUCAGAUUUAAUGAUAUAAAUCAAUAGUUGUGGUUCACUAGCUAUAAAAUGAAUGCAGCAUUUUGAUUAAUAAAUAAUAAGCUGGAUGCUGUACAAGCUGAUAACAGUUUUAGGUAAUAAGCACAAUACUGGGGCAAAGGCCGGAGAGUCAGUGCUGCUACAGUUUUUCAUUCUUUGCAGUCCUCUCCAGCAUUCUAAAGAGUUGAGUUCUGGUAUGGGCAGAUGUGAAUGUUUAAAUACACAGUCCAAAUAUGUACUGUUAUGCAGUCUAUAUCUGAAAAUGCAGAAUUGUUUUAUAGGCUUACUGAAUAUUUCUAGGUUUUGGAGCAGUUUCACUAGAUUAUAUAAGGUCUCAAUCCAGUUUACCAUUUUAAACUGAUCUUGCACUAAAGAAACUUAUUUUCCCAUUCAUUCAAAAAGCAUUUUAUCCUUUGUUUAAACAAAAUAACAAUGUAAUGAAUUUAUAUGGCAUGAUGAUCGGUCGUUGUCUUUUACUUCUUAAGUUGUGUGAAAUUAAAGACAUAUAUUGACAGGUAUUGUAGUUUAAACAACACAUAGCUAUUUUCUCUAAUAUAAAUGUUUCCCCAUUCUAUUCUGGUACCGAUUGCACAUCUUCCUGCAAUCUACAGAUCACUGUUGCAUUUUGAAGCACUUAUGUGGCUUUGUAGUAAACAAGCCUGAAUUUUUCCAGAUAUUAUUUUAUGACAAACAAUGUCAUAAGACAUAAUUAUUAAGAUAAAUUGUUUUGAAAACAUAUGGGGGCAUAUGUAUUUAUUAAUAUCAAAUGGGUUAAUCUUGAUCAUUUUUUUUUUACAUCUUUUAUCCCCCAGACAAAAAAAGCUGAAUAGUAAACGUCCUUUCAAAUUCAGUAUGAAACCCAAAUUCUUCUUUUUAUUAAAACAUCCAUACCUGUUAUAAAUAAAAAAGCUCAUAUAUUGCCUGCCCGCCUCUAUGCUUCAGAGGCAGUUACUUUCACUUUCAAUACAGCACUUCCUAGAUGUCACUGCACUCCUCACAUUCUCCCUCCAUUCUCAUGGUCUAUAAUAGUCAAUCCUUUAUAUUGUCAUGGACAUAAGGUCCCCCACUCUGGCACAUACACAAGAUUUUGGGAUGAUGCAAAACUUGCCUUAAUAACAGUGUCCACAAAAUCCACAAGCAGGUGCCUGUCUGCCUGCCUGCUAGCUGUAAUUGUGAAUUCUGAGACUGAAGCAAACAAGAUUUAAAGAGUGCAUAUAGUGUUAGUAAAGUUUAUUUUGCGUCACUAGCACAAUAGAAAAAAAUUGGAAUUAUUUUUUUUGGGUGACAGGUUCUCCUUAAAUAUUUUGAAUGCUGAGAAAACACACACAUUUAUACCAGCGUGCCAGUAGAACCUGCCAAGAUUUUACACUGAAGUUUUGGGUGCUAUUUAGAACAUAUAAAUCAUUUACAUUUUCUCAUCAAAUUGAAUCUCAGCCUUAUAUAAAAUAGUGUUAGAAAUAGCCAAGACUGAGGGACGAUUUAUAUGGACACUUUAAAUUCUAGCACUGCUGCUUCCAAGCUUAGCUGUUUGUAGCUUUCAAUUUGGAGGACUGAACCAGUAGGACAUAACGGCUAUCAGAAACUCCACAAAUCUUCCUUAUUUAACUUUCGAGAGUUCUUGGGAAAUGGUGUAUCUAAGCUGGAAUUGUAAUUUUCCCAUAGACUUUAAAGCUUAGCCAAAGUAAGAAAUCUAAUCCAUGCAAUACAGUCCAAAAGACUUGACUACAGGGGUAAAAAAAAAUCUAAGUAACAGUAAAUUGAAGUACAGAGGGCUUGUUUUAGUAAAUUAUUAUCUAUAAACAGACCUCUAAACAAAGGGCUCUAAAAAAACUUAAUUUUAAGGUUAUUUUACUUAAACACUUAACAAUGCCUUUUAAAUAUAAUAUUAUUACUCAUUUGCAAUUGAGUGUUUGAAUAAAUAUACUAUUGUAUGCAAACAGGAAAAAACUUCCACCAUGUAUAUGGCUUAUAAACCCCCUGCUUCUCUCUGCACAUAUACAGGUACCCCCUUGCUUUUUUGGUCCCUACUGCAGCCAUGGGUCCUGCUCCCACUAUUAGUAUGCCACUGUAUAUAGGCACGUGGGACACAUAUUUCUCUGCUAUAGGAAACAAUUUAAUACACCUGUAUGUUGCCUCUGUUUCCAGUGAUUGGAAACCACUGUAACUGCCAAUGACUACCAGAUGGUGAAUCACAGAUGUCAAACGUAAGGAGCAUUUCUCUGAAAAUGAAUGAAAUGAGAAACAUAACAUGUAUCCCCACUAUUAUUAUGCCACUCUGUAUAGCCCUAUGGUACAGGUAACAUAUGGGAGAAAUAGUUCAUAUCCCUCUGUGCUCUUUCUCUUUCCUCUGAACGAAAACCAUGCAAAUGUCAUGUGAAUGACAGGCGGCACAAAAAGGUAUGGCACAUUUCUCUGCUGACUGAAAUUAACAAAAUAAAAAAUAUUACCUGUACCAUAAUAGACCACAGCAUUUCUGUGCAAAUGUAGCCAAAGGGCGUCACAUAAAAUUAACUGAUUUUAGAAAAUCAGGGCUAGUCCUUGUUAAGUCCUGGGAACUGUGUUGCAUUAUGCAGAUAAGCCUACAAUAUUUUAUUACUGCGGCACAUUUUGGGUCCCAAUUUUGCUACAAAGCCUUGCUGUACAAAGGGGGAGAUUUAUCAAUGUUCGAGUUUGAUAUUUUUCCACGAGUUUUUAUCACUAAGAUUCGCACAAUUCGAAUUAUGGUUCAAAAACUCCAAUGUCCAGUGUCGGACUGGCCCACCAGGAUACCAGGAAAACUCCUGGUGGGCCCAGGUGUCCUGCGCGUUUUUAUAGAAGUCAUUGGGAUCUGUCCUAAGCAAAGUCCAGCCAUAUUUUUGAUUCGUGAUUUUCGUAAACUCAUGAAUUCUAAGUGAGUUUUCCAUAUUAAUAAAUAAGCAAGCAUUCAAAUCUUUUUAAAAUGUGAGUUUAUUCAAAUUAGAAAAAAACUUGAAUUUACAAACUCGAAAAAUUGAUAAAUAAGCCCAUUAGGUUCAGUUUUUGUAAAUCAGUGUAUUGCUCUUUUCUUCAGUGUAAUGCAACUGAACUUGUCAAGAUUUUUAAAUUGUUAAAGGUAAUUGUUGUUUAAAAAACAGCUGUAACCCACACAAACUUUUCCAUUGCACUGAAACAAUGGAAGUAGCAAAUAAUCCUUGGAUUUAUGAAGAUAACAUAAGGGCAGUGGAGCAAGACUGAUUUGGUCUAUCUUAUUAAAGCUGUAGCACUGCAUAACGAUGCAUAAUUUUCCAUUGAUAACUGUGUGCCGUAUCUCAGACAGCAUUCCUGGUUAUAUGACGGGGGCCUCUUUCACAGGGUUUGCCUACCUGUUUUUAAGGGAUAGGGUUAUUCUUAACCAUUUUGCAGAUGUAAUAAAUAUUAGUGUUAAUAUUUUUGCCCAGAUUUUGAUUACUGAGCCUUCGGCAUAAAGGAAACCCCACAUGUGUAAAGGACCUCGUGCAGGGUUUUGGCCAAAAAUACCUUGUUAGUUGCUGAAACAUUUCAUUAUAAACUCAACUAAUGAGCUAGUUUUGCCCAAAAGCACACAUGAGUUCCUUAAAAGGAUUCUCUCAUGAUUUUUAUAGUGUACUGUUUCUAAAUGACACUGUUUACAUAGCAAAUAAUUCACUCUUCAAUUUAGUUUUUAACCUUGAACCAACAAAUGUAUUUUCUUUAAGUUGUAAUAUUGGUGUGUAGGCAGCCAUCUCAGUGCAUUGUGCCUGAGUCUGAGAUUUCAGAAAGAGCCCGUGCUACACAAUAGAACUGCUUUCAGGUAACCUAUUGUUUCUCCUACUCAAUGUACUUUCAAUACAACCCAAAUCACAUAGUUAAACAGAGUUUUUCCUGCUUGGGUGCUAUUCUCAUGUCUACCACUUGGUGACCAUUUAGCAAUCGUUUUGAACUCUACAAUGCUAAAAUCCUCUCCAGCUUUCAGGAAACCUGCUUUUUGAAGAAUAACGGGGUCUUGUCUGGCAGAAAUAUCCAUUACUUUACAAGCUAAUUGAGGCUAAUGGCAAAUGGGGCAGUUUUUUCACAGUGUAUUUUAGCUGGCAGAGAAAUGCCUAAAGCCACCCUAAAUUAUUGGGACGGAGUAUAGGCAGUUCAGGACAGUACCAGCAGUGCUAUUAGACUAUGGAGCCAUUAUCAGUUCAGGCAGCCGAAUCCUUCAGCAAAGGUGUUGGUUCAGCUGCUUUGCUACCUUCCUAUUGUUUUGCGGAUCGGCUGCUGAUGAAAAAAGGGAGGGGGGGUGAUAUUACUCCAACUUGCAGCGUAGCAGUAAAGAGUGACUGAAGUUUAUCAGAGUUUAAGUCACAUAGCUGUGGCACCUGGGAAAGUAAAGUAAAUGACUAUCCCCAUGUUAAAUUUCAAAAUUAAAUAUAAAAAAUUGGUUUGCUCUUUUAAAAAAGGGAUUUCAGUGUAGAAUUCUCCUGGAGAAGCUCUAUUAAUUGGUGCAUUUUGAAAAAAAAAAACAAACAUGUUUUCCCUUGACAGAAUUCCUUUAACUUAUGUGGGGUUUCCUUUGUGAUUGUGAAGUUUAUAUUUUGCUAUAUCCAUUGAUAACAAAUUUCAAUAGGCUUGGAAAUAAUUUUUAGCAUUACUACAAAUAGAUAUUACUGCAGAUAAUUAUUAGUAAAUCAGCCCACUCAUAAUUUUGUUACAUGCCAUAGUGUUGUUACUAUUCUUAUUAAGCAACAACCAAAAUAAUAUGCUCAAUCUGAAGGUGAGUUCAGGUUUGGAACAUUCAUUGAAAAUGAGCUUGGUCCUGCAAAUUAAUCGCUAGUAUGGUGCAUUUAAUCUUUGUCUUACAGACCUUAAGUUUCAAUUCUGAAUGACUGUACAGGUAUGGGACCUGUUAUCCAGAAUGCUCAGGACCAGGGGUAUUCCAGAUAAGGGAUCUUUCCAUAAUUUGGAUCUCCAUAACUUAAGUCUGCUAAAAAUCAUUUAAAUAUUCCAUAAACCCAAAAGGAUUGUUUUGCCUCCAAUAAGGAUUAAUUAUAUCUUAGUUGGGAUCAAGUACAAGGUACUGUUUUAUUAUUACAGAGAAAAAGGAAAUCAUUUUUAAAAAUUUGAAUUAUUUGCUUAUAAAGGAAUCUAUGGGAGAUGGCCUUCUUCUUCCUGCAGGUUGCAAUUUUUGUUCACUUUUGUAGGCCCCUGUAUCUUUCCAUUGUCUUUGGUACAAUCAGCAAAAAAAAGUUUUCCACUUCUUUUCCACUUCUUUUCGCCUGAUUUCCAUUUAAAUGAACAAAGACAAAUGAUAAUAUCUAUAUAAACAAUACAAAUGUGUAGCUCUUAGUAUGCAAUUAAGGUUAUUAUUACACUGUAUAAAAGUAGUUUUGUACUAUCAGACUCUUGUGUAUUACAUUUUUAUCUAUAUAAGAUUAUGAUAUUACAAUUGUAUAAUGAUGUUGAUUAUGUCCCUUCAUAACUGCAAAUACAGAAUAUCAAUGAUCUACUCUGUGGGGCACAUUUACAAAAGCAUGAACGCUCAAGCGUUCAUGCGAACGCUCCGAGCAUAUUUUCGCCAAUUUUUUCGGGCGUCCGCACGACUUUUUCGUACGCCGCACGACUUUUUCAGACGUUUGCACGAAAAAAUCGGAAAGGUUUUACCGCUGUUUACAAUUGUUCGGUACGAAAAUUUCGUGACUUUCGGAUCGCCAAUACGAUAUUAUCGUGACUAAUACGAUUUUUUCGUAAGCAUUUUCGUGAUAUUUGCGAUCUUCCGAAAUUUUCAUUUCCAAUACGAUUUUUUCCCAUUCGUGAUUCGGAUUCGUGGAUUAGUAAAUGUGCCCCUCUGAUCUUGUUCUAUCACAAAGUACAUUUCUAUUUUUGGUAGGGUUUCUCCUGUCCUUAAGCUGGGGCUACUAAUGUUGCGUAAAAUCAUUAUCCUUUACUUCCAAAUUAUUUUCCCAAAUGUAGUAAAAUUUAAGACUAUCCUUAAUUCUGCCAAAUUCUUUGGAAUUUUUGGCUGUAAUACAAUACAAAGAAAUUAAAAAAAGCCUCAAAAAUGCACCACAUAUUGUGGCAGAAUACCAAUGUAUUUGCUUAUUCUCAGUCGACAAUCUUCUAGAAUUCUGCUUUCUAAAAUUGAAGUGCUCAAUAUUAAUACAGGCAUGGGACCCAUUAUCCAGAAUGCUUGGGACCUGGGGUUUUCCGGAUAAGGGGUCUUUCCAUAAUUUGGAUCUCCUACCUUAAGUCUACUAAAAAAAUUAUAUAAACAGUAAUUAAACCCAAUAGGAUUGUUUUGGCUCCAAUAAGGAUUAAUUAUAUCUUAUUUGGGAUCAAGUACAUGGUACUGUUUUAUUAUUACAGAGAAAAAGGUAAAAAUAUGAAUUAUUGAUUACAAUGCAGUCUAUGGGAGAUGGCCUUUCCGUAAUUCGGAACUUUCUGGAUAAUGGAUUUCUGGAUAAGGGGUCUGAUACCUGUAAUGAGCGAAUUUUUUCACCAGGCAUGGACUCGCAGUGAAUUUCCACAUUUUGUCAUAGGCAAAUAGUUGCGCAAAACUUCUGAGUAUAUUCACAGUGGAAUUUGUGCGCAUUACAGUUGCGUCGAAAUAGGCAUGGCUUAUCACUACUCAAUAUUUAUUAAGCACAAAAAAUCUGAAAGACUGGAAUGUAAAAGCUCAAGAGUUCAUGUAGAAUUCAAUAGAAGCUGGCAGGCAAUAUUUCUUCGGUUUUUCUAUUCAAGUUUUUCUGACUUUUUUUUGCUGAAUAUGAAUUUGAUGCAUUUGAAUUAUUUUGACAGUUUAAACGCUACAAGUCACAAAUGCAAAAUUCAUUUUAUAAAUGAGCCUCCUAGAGUAUGACAUUACAUAAUAUUGACAAUCGAUCAAGAAUUAAAUACUAGCUGUAUGGGGUUUUUUCAAUUCUUAAGGCAAGAUAUAAGGAUUAAGAAAAACAACAAAAUGUGACUACCAAAAAAAAAUAUUCAAAUGUUUUUAAUGUAUGGGUUUACAUGUGUGAGGCAUUUAAUGCACUUUGGAGUUGUGGGGAAUUUUUACAUUUUGAUACUUUGUGUCUUUAAAGUGUCCUCGCUAAUCCUAUGUACAGUAUCUGGUUGCUUACAAGUUACGUGACAGUUUAACAAAACACUACAGUACAGUAUGGUUGAAAAUGUUAGUCUUGAACAUCAAUAUUUACAAAUAUAUUUUACAUGAUUUAUAUUUUCAAACAAGAAUUUGAACUUGAUGAUAUUGUUUAUAAUACAAAAAAAAAAAAA